AUGGCUCUAACUGUAGUAUUGCUUGUACCCCCAGAAAAUGGGCCUGCGUCACCAUUGCGACUAGGGCCAGCCGACAAUGUCUACAUGGUUCCGGUGCCAACUGAAUUAUCAACCAAGACUACUACGCUCAUUGCGGCUGGAUGCUGUCUCCCUCCUGUGCUGUUGUUGGUAUCCACGUUGCUCGAAAUCCUGGACGAUAGUAGGUGGAUCUACGAUGAUUACAAGCCCGUACUAAAAUCCGGGGGAGAUCUCUUUAUUUUACCGGUGUCUACUGCAUUAAUGCUGGCAGUUCUCGUUAAAGGCGAGAUGAACUUUUGGAGUUUGCAAACGAAAUACCAAACAGAGGCUAUGCAAAGCGUUGGUCAAUGGGCGCCAGUGGUUGGUACUGCAAUUGCUAUAUUGGGAGCAGUGUUGGAUCGAGGAUUGGUUCCGCCGAAGAUUUAG